AGGUGACGAUGGUGGCGCGUGCCGGGCUCCCUGUGACGUCACCGGUGUGACGUCAUGGCCGAGCAGCCGCCGUUCCCCGUGCCCUGGGGACUACACUACCAGCACAGAGAGCCCGUGGCGCGUCGCGAGCCGCAAUACGAGCACGCACACGCGCACACACACUUGUACAGACACGCGCAUGCGCACACGGAGCCGCACCAAACUGUUCUCAACACACAGUGUAAAGGCGAGACCGAGGAAACGAGGUUGGACUAUCGGGAGCACUACCAUGCGCACAGAUGUCCGGGCUACAGCAAAUGCGACGAAGGCUCGGAGGAGGCGCGCGAAAGGGACGAGAGGGUCUCCUCCACUGGAGACCAUCAGCAUUGGGACGAGAAGAUCGUGAGUAGCUCGUUGUGUAACUCCACGGCAGCGGGCCAGGCGGCGGGCGCGGGGAGUGCCGCGGGCGCGGGGGCGGCGGGGCCCAGCCGCGCCGACGCUUCCUCACCACACCAUGUCACCACCACGCAUGCUGGCGGCGGUCGUCGCGGCGCGCUGCAGCUGUGGCAGUUUCUCGUGUCCCUGCUCGCGGAGGGUGCUCGCUGCGUCGCCUGGACCGGCAGGGGGCUUGAGUUCAAACUGCACGAACCGGAGGAGGUGGCGCGUCGCUGGGGCGCUCAGAAGAACCGGCCGGCCAUGAACUACGAUAAACUGUCCCGCUCCCUCAGAUAUUACUACGAGAAGGGCAUCAUGCAGAAAGUUGCAGGCGAGCGCUACGUGUACAAGUUCGUGUGCGACCCGGAAGCGUUGUUCAGCAUGGCGUCCCCUCCCCGCGCGCGCUCGCCCCCCGCGUCCGCACCCGCCUACGACGUCCUCUCGCAGCUGUACGGGGGGGUCGUGUACCCACAGUAUCUGCAGCAUCCGACCCAGACCGAAUAUCAGAAUAGACGGUAUUAUCAUCAUUUGGGACAUUACGAUGCGUAAAAUAUUAUUAAGUUAUUUAUAAAUGCAAUUAAUGUUAUUCUGCCGUACUAAGCUUGAAAGCGGUAUCUAAAAAAAAUCAAAAUCUUGAUUAAAAUUCAGAUACUUAGCUUAAAGAAAUACCCAUCCAAUGAACUUACCUAAAUCACAGUGUCUUGUUUAGAACUUGUUAUAAAAACCUUAAAAGAGUUUAUCUAUCUCAGUUUUACAUACAAAACUAUAUUUACGAAACUUCGAUUAUCUGGAAAUAAUGUUUCCCUGAUACUGCUUUUUCGUUUAGUACGGCAGUAUUUUAUUAUUGUUGUUUAUGACCAAUUAUUUUCUAAAGGAAGGUUUAUGCAUUCGUAUUUAUAUUUAGCGACAGUUUUUACAUUUUUGAUUUGAAUGAUAUUUUUGAGUUUGUGUGUAGCGGUGGAACGAUCUCGUUUUAAUUUUAUUAUACGAUCUUGAAGCUCGAAAAUGAAGAAGGAAACAUCUCAAAAUCAAAUUAGAUUUUUAUUAUUAUUGUAUGUUUCAAUUAAAUAUGGUUUAUAACAAAAAGUUAAAUAUAAAACGUUUUAACAAAAUAAAAACUUUCUCCUUAAACUACAAUAACUCAAAAAUGAUGAAAAAAAAUCCGAAAAGGAACGCGGCACAACAUACUUAAUAUAGAUACUAAAAUGCAUAAAUGUCUGCAAAUGGCACUAAUGAUAAUUAGAUUCUACAUAAAUCACAAAAGGGAAACAGGAAUCGGGUUGUAUGGACCAUUCGCUACUGCAACCCAGAAGUAAUUUUAUAUACGAUUAAUAAGAAUGUCCCCCCUGUGACCAUGAA